AUGUCUCCUACAAAGAUAUCUCGCUCUGGCAAUGUAGCCCCUAAAAAGGCCGUGUCUGCCAAAAUCGACAUUGAUUCGCUGAAGCAAAAGCUCACGGCUAACAAGAUGCAGGAAAAAUUGGACGGAACGCAACCAGAGGAACCGGAAGACAAACAAAAUGAACAGCAGUCUGAACAGGACGAGUCCACCAAGCAAGUGACAUUGUUUAAAGAACUCGGCUUGCAGCCUGACAUUCUCGAUGCCAUUGAAAAGCUCAACUUCUCCACACCAACUCCUAUCCAAGCCCAGUCUCUACCGCACAGUUUGCAAGGCCGCGACAUUAUUGGUAUUGCGCAGACUGGAUCCGGUAAAACGGCCGCUUUUGCCAUUCCCAUCCUCCAGGCAUUGUGGGAAGCGCAGACCCCAUAUUUUGCCUGUGUUCUAGCUCCAACCAGAGAGCUGGCGUAUCAGAUCCGUGAGACGUUCGAUGCUCUGGGAGUGAACAUGGGACUCAGGUGUUCUACUAUUGUCGGAGGUAUGGACAUGAUGGAACAGGCCAAGGAACUGAUGCGGAAGCCUCACGUGAUUGUGGCCACUCCUGGACGUCUGAUGGAUCAUCUGGAGAACACCAAGGGCUUUUCACUGAAGGCUUUGAAGUAUCUUGUUAUGGACGAGGCCGAUAGACUGCUCGAUAUGGAAUUUGGGCCUGUGCUGGACAGAAUUCUCAACAUCAUUCCACGCGAGAGAAAAACGUACCUAUUUUCUGCCACAUUGACUUCAAAAGUCGAGAAGUUGCAACGUGCUUCGCUCAUAGACCCCGUCAAAAUCGCCGUCAAUGACAAGUAUUCGACGGUCGACACGCUGAUCCAGACACUAAUGGUGGUCCCCGACGGGUACAAAAAUACCUAUUUGAUUUACCUUUUGAACGAGUACGUGGGUAAGUCGGUUAUAGUCUUUGCGAGAACAUGCGCCCAUGCGCAGAAAGUUGCUCUUCUGGCUAGAAUUCUCGGGUUUUCUGCCAUUCCGCUACACGGCCAGCUUACCCAGGCCCAGAGAUUGGGAGCUCUCAACAAGUUCAAGUCUGGAGAUAAGCAGAUUUUGGUGGCCACCGACGUUGCUGCCAGAGGACUGGAUAUUCCGUCUGUCGACCUUGUGGUGAACUAUGACAUCCCCACCGAUUCCAAGGCGUACAUUCACCGUGUUGGAAGAACUGCUCGUGCUGGAAGAUCCGGUAAAUCUGUUUCCCUUGUGACGCAGUACGACUUGGAACUUAUUCUCCGGAUUGAAAAAGUUAUCGACAUGAAGCUUCCGAAGGAGGUGCCCAAUAAAAACGAGAUUCUGGCCUUGCACGAUUCUGUCGACAGAGCCACCGCCCAGGCUGUGUCCAAGGUCAAGGAGUUCCACUCCAAGCGCAAAUUUAGAAAGAAGGACUGA